AUGCACCUCAGGCCGCUCCAACUCAAGGCGGCGCUGGUCGGGCACAGCUCAGCAUCGAGAGGCUGCCUGAGCCUCAGAGGAGGUUUGCUCGACACCUCGAGGCCAAGUGAUGUCGUUAUGUCGGAGACAACCGUCGCCACGGAGGGCUCAACCUUUGUAGACGUGUGCAAUGACGUGUCCCUUUGUCGCGAUGCCCUUCCCCUGGUGAAGGCAAGCGAGCAUCUCUCUUCGGAGCCUGGUAACCAAACUGUCCCCCCAAACAGUGAAGUGCGUAUCAGGAUGGAGCCGACAACGUAUAAUCUUACUUGCGAAGGAGACUUGCCGAUCAUUCGGCGGAUGCUUCUGUAUGGCACCAAGAAGCCAGAGAAGAAUGCAUCAACACUGAUAGGCUCUGCACAAAUAGACGAGCAACACAUCAGUGGUGGGGGACGAUUUAAAUUUCUGAAUGGGAGCGCUGGCUCAAUCCUUCAGGGGGUUUCGUUGCAGUACUCAUUGCUUCAUUGCGUCAUCAUCUCAAAAUCAGGUCAAGGCAUGCUAUCAAGUUGUACGAUUGGAGGAUAUGAUGAGGAAAGACAAAGUGGGACAGGAAUCACGUUGUUUGGAAGCCAAAGUGAAUGCAUAGUAGAAGAUUGCACUAUAGAGUUCUGCUUUGGUUCAUGCAUCGCUGUAAUUCUCAAUGGCACUGCAAAGAUAAAGGUCAACGUUACGUUGAAAGAUCCUGAUAUACUUCCCCCACCGUUGAUUAUGUCGCAAUGGCUGGCAACAAAACCAAGAUACAAGUGGGACAAGGAACGAGGAACGUGGCUGUACAAAGGAAGGAGCAAGGAGGGCAUCCAAGCACGGAAGGCUUUCUUCGACUCGGUCCGACGGCCGGAAGAAGUCGACUUGCAUCAAGUCAACAAAGAGAUCAGGAAGAUGAAGCUCGAUUAUCGUGGGUUUGAUCAGCGAUCGAGGCAAACAGGCAAGUGGAAGAGAUUUGUGCGAGCAUGCAUGGAGACGAAAGACAUUACCUAUCGCUACAGAGCUGCUCUGGGUCAUCCUGGGAAUCCUCCGGUUCCAAGGAACAGGCACUUCAAGGGAAUCCGCAAAAACCCUGUGCUGAAGCGGAAGGGGAGGAGCAUCCAUUUGAAGUGA